AUGGCAGUUCGUUUGAACCACUAGCUGAUCUCCACAGUGGCAUUGGCAGAAGACCGUUACGAAACAACGUUUAAAAAUUCGCCUUUGACUAUAUCCACAUAGGCCUACCUCAUGGUAAUAUGAAAGUGAAAUUUAAAAGCUACAUCAUUACAUGUAGUUCUGUCAACAUGGCGACAUCAGGUCUUACUGCCGAACAAAAAAGACGCAUGGAGGAAAACAGACAAAAGGCACUUCUUCUGCGAGCUCAGCGUAACCAAGGCAACCAUCAGGUUGCUAAGCCAAACCAAAGCUCAUCGGAACAACGAAAAAGUGCAACACUCACACAAGACGUUGGUAGGAAGGACGGUCAUAAAUCAUCCCACCUCCAAACAAAUCUGAGAUCUAAAGAAAGUACAGAUAGCAACUCUAGCACAAGUUUGUCAUUGGCAUCCGAUUGGUCAAAAAAAUCGCAAACGUCUGUCUUCACGAAACCAAAAGGUUUCAAUGAUGCUAAUCAAAAUACUGCAGUUAAAACCAAAGUUCAGAAUGAAAUACCUUCAGGAUCAGUACAGUUUUCAAAUAGAUCUGGCAAUAGACAGUUACAUGUAUUAGAAAAUAAGUCAUCAAGUGUAACAACAUCCAGCAGCGUUUACAUAAAUCCACCAAGACAGGGUAAACUCCAAGUUGGAGACACUGUUCCAUCUACAAACACCAGUUCUGAUACUGCACGACCCAAAACUAUCAUGAGUUUCUACUCCUCAAAACCAAGACCAACAUCUGGAGGGGAGGCCAGUUCUGGGCAGUCAAACAGCACUGUUCAAAGUGUGACCGCUAGUCUGUAUUCACAGGCUCAAAAAGCAAGUUCGGGCUUCCAGGCACGCACAAACAACCAGGGUUCUGUCGUGAAACGCCCGGAUUUCUCCCAGAAAGGGGGUGGAGCUAAGGCCAACUUUGGAGGCGGACAAUCAAGUACCUCACAAGGGACUUGUGUGCUGAUAUCAAGGACGAGAUUUGUGGUGAAUGUUGGAUACCAUGCCAAGUUGAUUGAGAUCUUCAAGGAAAUCCCCAGCAAAUGUUACGAUGCUUCGGAGAAGAAAUGGUCUUUUGCUCUGUCAGAUUACGACACACUGAUGGAAGCAGUCAAGCCGCUCAGGCCAGCAGUGGAGAUCGAACCCUUACCCAAGCCGGUGUGUGCAGCCUUCCGUAGGCAACGCCAUGGCCAGGAAGGGAAACGUGUUGUACCUGACGCCAACCUCAGAUCUUUGGAUGAGAAACUGGUGGAUACGCUGAUGAAUUUCCAGCGGGAGGGUGUCAACUUUGCCAUCAGCCGAGAGGGUCGUGUCCUGAUAGCAGAUGACAUGGGUCUUGGUAAGACACUGCAGGCUAUCUGCAUAGCCUGCUACUACCGAACAGAGUGGCCAGUGCUUGUUGUCUCACCUUCCUCUGUGAGGCAUUCCUGGGCCGAGGCUUUUGAGAAGUGGGUACCUUCCCUUGAUCCAACGGACAUCAAUGUUGUCCUGAACAGUAAAAACUGGGCCACCUCAGGUCAGGUGAACAUCCUCAGCUAUGACUUAAUGCACAGGAAAGCAGCAGAACUCAAACAGUUUCGCUUCCAAGUCGUAAUCAUGGAUGAGUGCCAUUUUCUGAAGAACGUCAAGACAGCGAGAACAAAAGCAGCUCUUCCACUUCUCAAGGCAGCACCACGUGUGAUUCUCCUGUCUGGUACCCCUGCUCUGUCCAGACCAUCCGAGCUCUACACCCAGAUCCUGGGUGGCUCCAGACUCUUCCCAUCAUUCCAUGAGUUUGGACUAAGGUACUGCAAUGCAACCCAGAAUCCAUGGGGUUGGGACUAUUCUGGCUCUUCCAACAUGACUGAGCUGCAACUCCUGCUGGAAGAGUGCAUCAUGAUCAGAAGACUGAAGCAAGACGUACUUCAGGAACUGCCUUCCAAGACCAGGCAGAUGGUCAUAAUGGACCCUUCCGUUGUCAAAACAAACAGCAAGUCGCUGAAGGUUGCAGCUGACGAAAUGGGCAAAAAGAAGUCUAAAUCGGAACAGAGAGGCAUUUUGUUGAAGUACUUUGCUGAGACUGGACUGGUGAAGGUGCCAGCCAUUAGGGAUUAUGUACUGGAUCUCCUGGAAGCUGAUCACAAGUUUCUCAUCUUUGCGCAUCAUCAGUCCGUGUUGGAUGCCCUUUGUGUAGCUAUCAGUCAAAAGAAGUAUGACUAUAUCCGCAUCGAUGGCAGCACCUCGGCGAUGCAGCGCAAGGCAUGCUGCGACAGAUUCCAGGAGGAGGAGGCAUGUCGUGUGGCCGUCCUGUCCAUCACCGCGGCCAACGCUGGCCUGACACUGACCUCAGCCAGCAUGGUUGUCUUUGCAGAAUUGUUCUGGAACCCAGGGAUUCUGGUGCAGGCAGAGGACAGAGUUCAUCGCAUUGGACAACAGGAUGCAAUCAACAUACGAUAUCUAAUAGCCAAAGGCACAGCCGAUGACUACAUAUGGCCGCUGGUGCAGAAGAAACUGUCUGUGCUUGGGCAGGCGGGCUUGUCCAAAGAUGACUUUUCAGAAGCUGGCAUGACUGCACUGAAGGAUCCCAGACAGAAGAGCAUCCUGUCUUUCUUUGAGAAGUCCUUCCUGGAAGAUGACAAGACAUUAGAGCAGGAGGAUCUGGCUUGUCUGGUGGCCAUGGAGUCACAGGAAUCAGAGAAUAGCGCCGAUGCAGCUAUGAAUGCUGGGAAAGCAGAGGAUUCUUGGACAGCUGUCAGAGCUGACAAGGACCAUCAACUGCAGUUGGUCAGUUCUAGCAUGCUUGGCGACACUACCAGUAAAGCAAGCUCUUCUAAAGAGGAGACAGCUGCCUCCGUGGCAUCUGAGACUACACAUCGUGACACAUUAAAGGAGGGCAGUCAAAAUCUCAAGGAUGCCCCAUCUGUGAUGCCCAUCAAGAAAUCCAAGACCCUGUUUAGCACCCCUUGGGCCGUCAAGAAACCCCUGGUCGAAUGUAACACCGGCGCCUUGGAGGAGAGUAAGGACGCACCGCCUUCUAAAAGACAGAGAAAUUUGAACCGUUAAAAAGAGGGACGCAUGCUGCCUGCGUACUGUGUAAUGUGAGCUUCAUCCUCACCGACAAAAAACUUUCUCAAGGCAAGGAAUUUCAGGAAUUCAUAACAUACACGGACACCCUUUUGAGAAGCAAUGGUGAUUGUUGGAUUGGGUUGAAUUUUUUUAUCUGCUCCCACCAAAUGAACUUUUCAGUCACAGGAAUUAAGUUAAAAAAUGUAUCGAAUACACCUCAACAGAAUUCUGAACAGGCAUCCAUUAAUAUUAGAGACAUUUUAUUGUACAAGAUUUCUGAAAUGCAAAAAAAAUAUUACCCUUUUGAGUAUCAGGUACUUUUUCUCCAAAUCAGUAGUUUGAAUCUUGCUUCCAUGAAUUUUUUUUGUUCCACUCAAAAUCAAAUACAUUUGAAAUUUAUUUUAAUCGCAAAAUAUAAUUCAUAUGCAAGUCCUAUUAAGUAAGUCAAAGAUGUUACAAGCCCUUAUGCAAAUCACUUCUCAAUAUGCAUGUUCAUCUGCAUGUCAUUCAUGAAUAUUAAUAGGAAUUAAAAUCUGUGAUUAUUGCUUGUGUAAA